CUGCCCUCCGUAAUUAUUGUGGGAUGUGAAGUAGAGUCCACUGUAAACACCAGUUGGACACAGACUUUAAAAAACACCAGUUGGAAACAGACUUUAAAAACGAACUAUUUUUUCCAAUUUGUCGAAGUUUAAUGCAACAUUUAAAUGGAUACCCAUCUGUGAUUAAUGGACGCAUUUGAUUGUAUGCCUCGACUGAUUUCAGCUUUUCCAUUCCAUAGACCGAUCUACAGGCAGUCCGCGAUCAUUAUAGUUGUGUUCAAGAGCGGUCGGUGAAAUCGGCCACUAAUAAAUAAUGGAGACCGUGCAGACUUCUAUGAGAAUGGUUUGCCCGUUUUUAAUGAAGAGGCUGAUACGAGGUUAACUUAAUUUACUGUAAACGUCAGAGUUGGGGGAACAUUAAGUUGUCUUCACUCAGGAUGGGAGUCCUCAAGAUCAUGCUGCUCAUCUUUGAGUCUGUUCUGUUGUCUGACUGUGCAAGGGGUCCUCCGUGGGUGUCUGAGAGGGUGGCCCACAGACAGCCAGUGCGCCUGGGGAGUUCCAUCAAGCUACCAUGCUCUGUGGAGGGAGACCCUCCACCCCUCAUCAUGUGGACCAAGGACGGCCGCAACAUCCACAGCGGCUGGAUCCGCUUCCGCAUCCUCCGCCUGGGCCUGAAGAUCAAGGAGGUAGAGGCCGAGGAUGCUGGAACCUACGUCUGCAAAGCCACCAAUGGCUUCGGCAGCGUUAAUAUCAACUAUACCGUCAUUGUCAUCGAUUACUCUGGCGCUGAUAAGACUGGGCCAGGGGUCCCUGGUGGGGUGGACUCAGAGUAUGGCCCUGACGGCCUAUCAGGAAAACUAGUUCGUCCCCGUUUCACCCAGCCUGCUAAAAUGAGGAAGCGUGUGAUCGCCCGGCCCGUCGGGAGUUCUGUGCGGCUGAAGUGUACGGCCAGCGGUAACCCUCGGCCAGACAUCGUGUGGCUGAAGGACGACAGGCCACUGACGGAGAGUGAGGUGGGCGAGGGGCGCCAGAAGAAGUGGACCCUGAGCCUGAGGAACCUGACCCCGGAGAACAGCGGCAGGUACACCUGCAGGGUCUCCAACCGAGCCGGAGAGAUCAACGCCACCUACAAAGUGGAGGUCAUACAGCAGACCAACUCCAAGCCCAUCCUGACAGGCACUCACCCAGUCAACACCACAGUGGACUACGGUGGGACUACCUCAUUCCAGUGCAAAGUGAGGAGCGAUGUCAAACCCGUCAUCCAGUGGCUCAAGCGUGUGGAGUCCAACGAGGAGAGUCGGUACAACUCCACCAUUGAGGUGGGCGACCAUCACUUCGUGGUUCUGCCCACGGGAGAGGUGUGGUCACGCCCUGAUGGCUCCUACCUCAACAAGCUGCUCAUCACCCGUGCCAAGGAGGAGGACUCUGGCAUGUACAUCUGUCUGGGCGCCAACACCAUGGGCUACAGCUUCCGCAGCGCCUUCCUCACCGUUCUGCCAGACACCAAGCCACCCAUCACCCCGAUGUUCACCCCAGCCUCCAGCCCCCUCCCUUGGCCUGUCAUCAUUGGCAUCCCUGCUGGCAUGGUGUUCAUCUUUGGUACAGUGCUGCUGUGGUUCUGCCAGAGUAAAAAGCACUGUUCCCCAACCAGCACUGCAUCUGCCCAGGUCCUGCAGGCCUCCCACCGGCUGCCCUACCGGGAGAGGGACAGGAGCUUUGUGGCCCCUUCCUCCAGCCCAGAGAAGGACUGCCUGGGCUCCAUAAACUAUGAGGAGUAUCUGGCUCAGCAGCAGCUUCUCCUCACUCAAGGGGGCUCUGCUCUCCCCCCCAAAAUCUAUCCCAAAAUCUACAAUGACAUCCACACUCACACACACUCCCACGUGGACGGGAAGGUGCACCAGCACAUUCACUUUCAGUGUUAGCCAUGUGCCAAAUGUUGUCCCCCUCUCUGCGCCUCUAAAGGAUUGCAUCGUAAAGCGAAGGUCUGAGCUUUGGACUGAACCUCAGAGAACAGCUCUCUGGUUAAACACAUCUGGGGCUGCUCUUUGAACUGUCACCUUGCCUGUGUUAGAUCUUGAUCUAACUGGGGCUUUAUAAUGAUCAUUCAGUACUGUACAACAGUGAAAUUAAGGUGAUGGUACAUGAGCAGUUUUAGAGGUUAGUGCAUAAAUGGCUGCCCUAGUGAUUUCUCAACUAAAAUAACAUCUUCCAAUGACAAUGUAUGGUUUUUACUGUACCUGCAAACCUGCCUGGUCCUUGGUGCUACUUUUUUUCAUAUCAAAACCACUGAACCCUAAUGUGCACUUAAAUCACCAAAAGAUUCUGCAAUGCGUUAAAGGCAGCUAUUCAGACUUACUGAGAGUGCAUAUCCAUCAGUAAAUACAUAAAUAAUCCAUCAUUAACUUGUUUACCCAUAUCAACUAACCAACAAGGAUUAGGGUCAGUUUUGACCUUUACCUCUUAUGUUGGGUACAAGAUACAGUACUUAAGCUCUGCUAGGUGAUGUUGAAGGCGGUAUGGAAUACAAUACAAAAGGGCUGGUAUUACGCUCAUACUCAGGUAGCCCCUUUGAUUUUGAUAAAUGUUUCUUUAUUGUUCAAAUGCACAUCCAUUUAACCCUGACCACUAUUGAUGUGCCACCAAUAAUCCUGUUUUUCAAUCACAAAAAAGGCAAUAUGAAAAUACAUUGUUAGCAUUGAUUUGGUAUGUGAAUCAUGUCCAUAUCAAAGACUGCAAAUAGAAUAUUGUCCCAAUGUUGACUGGACUCGCUAAAUAUCAUUGCCAGAAUCCAAACGUUACCACCACUAGCCUUUUGUGUUUUGUAGAAUCCUUGCAAAUAUCCCGUGUUGCAUUGAAUACAUAGUCCGCAGUCUAAUUCAACCACAUUUUAGAUGUCAUGGAGACUAUUUAUUUUUAAAAGUCAGGCAUUUUACAUGCAUUUAGAUUUUUUCAAAAGGUACAUUUAAUAAGGUUCUGUAGUUGCAAUGUAAUAUGAAAGACAAUGCCAAUAAGGAUAAUCAUAGUUUAUGCAAGUACUUAUACACAAUUGGUUGUUUGACAAUCUUGUAUGAUAUACCCAUUAAAAAAGUUGAUUUGAUAAAAGGACAUGCAAAUAGAUUAUUUGGUUCAUGGCCUCAAUUCUUUACAGGAACUUGGUUGAGGCCUCAAUUAUAAAAAUCAAUCUAUACUAUGAAUGACCUCUGAAAAUGAGAAUUGUAAAAAGCCUCCAAUCAGCCCACCGGCUUAAAACCCCAUAGGCUUCCACUGGGAAUGAAGGGAUGGGUUCAGUGACCGUUAGCUGCCCUGCUAGGUAAGGACCAUUAGGAGGCCCCUACAAAAGGCAGGUCAGCUUUCUUCCCGACAUGGCUGGAAGAGCCUAGUCUACACAGGGUGAUUCAGAGGGCAGCCAGCAAAGGGCCAGUGGUGCUGGAAUAGAUACAGACAGAGAUAGAAAGUGCUCUCACAGGAGUGAUGGCCCUUGCAAGAGUACACCGACUAGCAUCGCUCCCAUUUAAGAGUGAAUCUAGCCCUUCUCCUCCCCUCUGCCCCACACUACCACCUCAUUCAACUCCAAUCUAGGUAGGAUUUCCUUUCACCAUUUAGGAAGUGCAUUGUCCUGGUCUGGGAGUGAUGUGACAGAACCCUGUGAUUGCUCAGGGAAGAAGGGGAGCAUUGUAUCAGGGUAGCUUGUUUUGUUGUAAGCAUUGUGGAACGGGAUGAGCUUUGGUUCUGGAGACAAGAGGCUAUUGAAAUGUUUUAACAGCACAUCACUAGAAGAAUCUAUGGAGGUACUUUUAGCUACUGUUCGGAAUAACUUGUACAAAUGUCACUGCUAUGCUCAUCAGAACAUGCAAUGAAUGCACGAAACCAAAAACUCAAAAUUACCUUUGCAAAGACUACACUCCAAA